GAAGUGGUUAAGAGUGCGGCGUUCCCGUAUCACGGAAAAUCUGUCAAAAUUUUCAUUCUCCCAACAUCGCAUUUUAGUUCUCGUUUUCUACCUUCUUGCAAUCCUUGGUGGCUGCAAACGAACGAACAAGCCGUGCAAAACACGUCCAACGUUACAUCGAAGCUCGCGGAAAGUGCCCUUCUCGGACCAGAUCUCUGGGUGUUUUCGCGGAAAAGGGGUCCACUGGUGGAAGAUGAUAAGAGUGAAAAAGUGAUUGUGGGUGUUUAUCGCGCUUCAUCCUCGCAUCGGGGGUGCAUAUGUGAGGGAGAGACUGGCUCAGUGCUGUCGUUGGGUGAGGUAGAAAUCGCAUCUCGGGCGUCAGGGGUGUCCCUGGAGCAACUUUUUUCCUUGUCGCACGGUUCCAAGAAAAGGCGUCAAAAUAGCAGCCAAGGCGUUGAAACUGGGCGCGAUGCCAGAGCAGAGCAACGACUACAGGGUGGUUGUGUUCGGUGCUGGUGGCGUCGGGAAGUCCUCUCUGGUCAUCCGCUUCAUAACAGGCAGUUUUCGUGACUCCUACAUUCCCACAAUAGAAGACACCUACCGUCAGGUAAUUAGUUCCAACAAAACCAUAUGCACACUUCAAAUAACCGACACAACAGGCUCCCACCAAUUCCCGGCCAUGCAAAGGCUCUCCAUAACGAAGGGCCAUGCAUUCAUUCUGGUUUACUCGGUGUGUUCGAAGCAGAGUUUGGAGGAAUUGCGUCCCAUUUGGAAUCUUAUCAAAGAGCUAAAGCCCAACAUUAGUGAUAUACCGGUGAUGCUUGUUGCCAAUAAAUGCGACGAAAGUGCUGAGUUGCGCGAAGUGUCAACGGCUGAGGGAUCCACAGAAGCCUCUCUCAUGGGUGUUUCGUUCAUGGAGACGUCGGCAAAAACAAAUCACAAUGUUACAGAGCUCUUUCAGGAGUUGCUGAAUAUGGAGAAGAACCGAAGUGUGUCUCUGCAGUUGGACGGCAAAAAGAACAAGAAGUCUAAACCGAAGAAGAAUAAGGAUGUAUCGAAUGGAACCAUAACUCAGGAGGGCGGCGAGGGGAGUAGUGGGAAUGCUAAGGAGAAGUGUCAUGUAAUGUAAAGCUAUAUAGAAAAUGUGGACAUGCAUGAGAGGAAUCUCAAGAAUUUUUCAAUCGUAAGUUUCUCUCCCUUUCAAAUUAAUCAAUCUGAUGAUGGUGAAUGAAUACAAGAGUAUAUUUUAUUAUUGAACUUUUAUUCGUAAAGGAACUUUAAUAGUCGUAAAGUAAUCUUGAAUUAAACAAAAAAAAACUGUAAAUAUUUCAUCCAAAGUGUGUAUAUGAAUUGAAAAAACUUUGAUGUAUAUAAAUACUUGAGGAAGACAAAUUGUUUUAUCACCCAGUAAUAUUUAAAUUCCAUUUAGUCAAGCUGUAUUGGGAAUACUUUUCACUCCAAUUUAUCAACUUUACUUCGUGAAUUAGUAUGACAACAAACUCAGAGUAGACAAUUUGUUCCAUAGGUGAGAUAAACUACUUGUUGUUCAGUAACACUUUUGCUUUCAUUUGUAGCUAACACUCAAACGAAUUUGUCGUUAUAGUAUUUGGUUUUAAUAGAGUUGACAAAAUGUUAAUUGCCACACUUGUACUUACAACUGGAGUUUGUCAAAAUACCUUCAAAUUGACACCAUUUGCAGCACAAUGAAACGAUUCAAUGAAAUAUUUCCGUAAUAGUUUUUCUGUGACCGAAAAGUUAAUAUUAGCAACACGGUAGAUUAGCUGAUAUGUAGUAUUGAAUAAAGGGGAAGGAAGGCAAGAUGAUUUCUCGAAGAAAUAUUUUCACCAGAAUUUACACAUGAAAAGACAUUCCAAUGUGAAAACAUUACAUAUAUAGCAAUGUUCUAAUAUAUUUUUUGGGUUCAUUUUUUGAAGAAUCACAUAUCAUCCAGCAACAACUAUACAUAUUGCAUAAAGAGAUUAUGAAGAGAAAAGAAAAUUAGUCAAACCGAAUUAAAGUGAGAGUGAGAGAAAAGUGGAUGUUUAGAAAAGUAGUAGAUGAGAGUGAAAUUUUGUAUAUUUUCUCAGUUAGUUUAAAUGUCCUUUAGAGAUCUCUUAGUUUUUGUGACAAAGAAAGUUAUAAAUUAUUGCUUUUAUCAUAGAUCUAAAAGAAAAAAAAUACCGUAUGUAUAAAUUUCAAUCAGAAAUAAUGGGAUCAAUUUUUUAAUUACUUUUAAAUUAGUCAUAAUUGACUCUUAAGCAUAAAAAGAAUAUGUGCAAUCUCGAUCUUUUGUAUUGAUUUCAUUUUGAAUACAUUCAGCACAACAUUAUAACAUAACCCUCCGCAAUUAGAUUGCAUUUAUCCCUUUAAUCGACUUCACCAGGCGUUUAUUAAACGUGUAGAAAUAUCAUUUUGAUGGACAUAAAGAAGCUUUGGGAGGUGAACAGCUAAACUACACUUUUUCAAAAAAAGAUUCAAUACUAAAAGAGAAAAAAUGACAUUAAUAAAUAGAAGCUACGCGUAAGAAUCAAAUUUUGGGCUUGUAGACAAUGAGAUAAAAGAAGAAGAAGAAAAAAAAUCAUAGGAUUUCAGAGAACAUAGAUUAUUUCCUUAAUAUGAAUUAUUACUAGAUUUUAAGCAAUUAUAAAUUCCCCUAACUAAAAGAAAAUGAACAACAAAUAGACGAAUGAAACAUUGAAUUUUAAUGAAGCAUAUUCAAGGAAAAAAAAAUCUGCUUAUAAUUGUAUUUGACUUCUUAGAGAAAUUUAACGAUAAAAAAGGUAGAAAGUAAAGUAGAUAAGAAAGAUGAUAUAAAAAAAACAUCGGCUGAAGAAGUGGAGGAAGAAAAAUUUGACAAUAGUUCAUACGUUAUAAGUUCUAUCAUAAAUAAUUAUAAAUUGUUACUAAACACGACACUGAACCACUUACGAAUUUCUUCAUUUCUCUGGCAUUUGCUGCAUUUCUCACCAUUUUUCUUCGAUUAUUAAUUUCUAAUGAUGAAACACACACACAAAUUGGAAACGAAUUCACACGAUUAAUGAUAAUGUUGCUCCUUGUAAUGUAAAAUUUGCGCAUAUUUGUUGAUAAACUUAUACAUUAAAAACAUACUAAAAGGAAAAAAAUGAAGAGGAAAAUAUGAAGUUAUAAAAAGCUUUAACAUUGAAAUUGACUAUUUAAAGAGAAAAAAAAUGUUGCAGUAUCAUCUGAAGCAAAUAUGAAAUGGUUUGCCUUAAAUAAAUAAAAAAAAAAUUGUUACAAAAUGUUGCUUUCCCUGUAAGAAAGCGAUAUGUUUAAAAAAUGAAAAAUGGAAGUUGUUAGAACAUGGCCAAGUUCACAAGCGAUUUAUUGUCGGGAAAAUAUUCACUUUAACUUGUUAUUUUCAACAGGAGGAAUGAUGAAUGGAAAUCGAAUAUUUCAAACAAAUAAACUAUACACAUUCCAGAUAAAAAAAA